ACGUUCUUUGACUUACAUACUCGGAGGUGAAUGAAAAGCAUAUGGCGAUGGCAGUAUGUAUGAAGUAUCAAGUAUUAUUAUGACAUUGCGUCCUGUUAGAAUGGAAAAAAGGAUGUGCAAGGUGAAUGUACGUCGUCAGUUUUACAUUAGAGGAAAAUUUUGAUAUAUUAACUGUUCAAAUACUUGUUAUUAUUCGGAUUUACUUUGAAUUCAAACUGUCGGCUAUAGUUCAUAGACGACCAUAAGCGUGAAGUUUCACUUGUCAAAAAUCAAGCGGUUAUCAUUUUUAAUCGUGUGUAAAAAUGGAACAGUUACAAGCAGCACUGACAGCUAUCAAAGUACUUCGUUCAAAUGUUGGACAAGUGUUUGAUUCCCUUGGAAAUGGUUUGCGAGCGGAACACGGAGAUGAAAAUAAAGAAUCCAAAUAUUUAUUAGAGUUACAGGAACUAUUGACUACUGUGAAUCUUAACUUGAGGGAUGUAGAACAGGUGAUAAGUAGUUUAAAUCCACCACCAGGUCCAUUUAAUUUAGCUAGCACAACAUAUCUUAGUCAGGAAACAACGCAAGAACGACAAGCGCUUUAUAGUACACUUGUCAAUUGUUAUAAGUGGACAGAUAAGGUUCACGAAUAUAGUAAUGUUGCUUAUACAUUGCUCAAUCAAAAUUCACUAAAGAGAUCUUAUAUGGUUGCAAGUAGGACAAAGAAGGCAAGACCGUUCUACACCAGUAGUCAUAAUGUAUCUCAAGCGCAAGUCGAUUCUAUGUUAUCAACAGUUGAACGACAAUUUAGUGACAUGACAGUGUCUGUAUCCCGUCCAUUCGCAUCGAAUGCAGUGUUACAUGUUACACUGGGACAUGUUCUAAAGGCGUUGAUAGCGUUUAAGGGAUUGAUGAUAGAGCGGGUUGUAAUCAAAGGUUAUGGUGAAACGAUGGAUUUGUGGACGGAAUCUAGGCAUAAAGUCUUCCGCAAAGUAACGGAAAAUGCGCAUGCGGCGAUGUUGCACUUUCAUUCGCUCGCAUUACCUGAAUUAGCAGUGCGAUCAUUUAUGACAUGGUUACAUGGUUUAAACAAUUUAUUUAGCGAACCUUGCAAACGCUGUGGCUUGCAUUUGCACAGUGCACUGCCUCCAACUUGGAGAGACUUUCGAACUUUGGAGCCUUAUCAUCAGGAAUGCAAGCCGUAAAAUACAAGCCCAGUGUCUUUUCAGUGCAUUUUAGUCAAAUAAAUAUGGAUCUUUACAAGUACUUUAUUAAUAUACAAUAAUGAGGUAUAAUAAUAUUUAAUGGCUAUGUUUUUUGUCCGAAAACAUUCAUCGGAUUAUUAUAUGAUAUGAAUUUCUAAUAAAUGAUAAUAAAACACAUAUCUAUUUCAAUACAUAUUUUUGCUGAUUGAUCUUGCGAUAAUAAAAUAAUGCGCGCGCUUUUUCGUGUUCUUCGUUGUUGGGAUAGUGAUAAGGUGAAAGUAAAAUG